AUGGUGGUGUGGGAAGCUAACUGCGUAUUAAAGAACGUUAGAAUCCAAUGGUACGAAAAAUCAAUCGUCAACGAAACCAUAGAGAUCAACACGUCAGAUAUUCUGAAACCAUCAAAUAUUGAUGACUCGCAUCAUGUAUAUAAAGGCAUAAUAGGACCACUUACGUCAGUUGGAAAUUACGUGUAUGAGAUAGUACACGGUCAAAGGAAACAAAUAAUUUCUUCUCAUUCCUUUCAAUUCUUUCCUUCCGUUCCUGAUGGUACCAAAUUAACCUAUCCAAUUCAAAUCGUUGCAUUUGCAGACAAUCAAUUUGGAUCAUACGUCUUUGAUCGUCUUGCUCGAUUAGCGUCACGACGACAUUCCCCAAAUUUUAUUAUACACGCAGGUGAUGUUGUGCAAGAAUUUGACAAUUUACAGCAGUGGCAGACGGAUUUUUAUGAUCCUUUGACAAGUUAUAAUUUAGCGCAACACGCCCCAUUAAUUUACGCUCACGGUAAUCAUGACUUUGAUCCAAAGAAAUCAAGCAUGUACACGACAGGUGCACUUUGGUACUCGUUUACGAUCGCGAAUACUCGAUGGAUCGUGUUGGAUAGUAAUAUCGAUGAUGAGAGACAAGAUUUAUGGUUAUCUCGUGAACUUACUUCCCCGGAAACUCAAAAUGCGAGUUUUAAGAUUGUGGUAGUACAUAUUCCUCCUUUUAUGGAAUUUUGGGAACCUGUCGCUUGGCAUGAAAAAAAUGAAAAGCAUUGGGGUGAAUUUGUUCGAACAAGGUUCGAACCUUUAUUUCGUAAACAUGGUGUAGAUCUCGUCAUUAGUGGUCAUCAACAUAAUUAUCAACGUGGUCAAUCGGAUGAAACCGUUUACACCAUAAUUGGAGGUGCAGGUGGUAAAUUAGAUUUUGAUAGAGUGGAAGAUUGGUCUUUUUAUAAUGUCUUGAGGCAAACGCAUCAUUAUAUUUUCAUGGAAAUUUGGUCAGAUAAGAUAAUAUGGAAGGCAUUUGAUCUUGAAGUUGCUAACUGGUACACAAAUAUUGCAGGAUAUAGACAACUUGGAUUGAGAUAUGAUGAUGUUAUAGCUGAAGAAAGUACAACAGUGCAGGAAGCAUUAAAGCGUGUCCCUCGAGAUGAAUAUGAUCAAAGAACUUUACGACUUCGUAAUGCUUUCCAACUUAGUAUAAGAAACGAAAUUUUGCCCAAAGAUAAAUGGAUUAAGCCUGUUGACGAUGUCAGAUAUCUCAAACCAUAUGUUGAUCAGGUAGCUUUUGAAGAAGCUGAACGAGAGGCAUUUGAUGCAGCUAAAGUCAUACGCAAGAAAUAA